AUGGGUGAGCCGGUGGACGCGGCGUUCAGCGUUAAAACCACUGGAUCCGAGUGGCUGCUGCCUGUCAGUGAAUACCUGGGCUUUCCUCUGGAUCAGGUGAAUUUUUUGGCGUGCCAGCUGUUUGGCCUGGCUGCGGCCUUCUGGUUUCGUCUCUACCUCAGUCCUAGCCAUGCCAAUCCCCUGGUCAGGCACGCUGUGGCCGCCCUCCUUGGCGUUGCCUUUCUCAUCUUCUGCUUCGGAUGGUACUCAGCUCACAUCCUGACAGUGGUGCUCGCAAGCUACUUGAUCAUCAUCAAUGCUGACAUCAACAAUGUACACAGGUAUUCCAUGUUGACGGCUAUGGGCUACCUGACAGCGUGCCAAGUGAGCAGAGUCUUCAUCUAUAACUAUGGAGUUCCGUCCACUGACUUCUCUGGGCCUUUGAUGAUAGUAACCCAGAAGAUAACCAUACUGGCUUUCCAGCUCCAUGACGGUAUGUGUAAGAAAUCCGAACAACUGACUUCUGAGCAGAAGCCUCUGGCUAUGAAUGUGAGGCCUUCUCUCAUCGAGUACCUGAGUUACAAUCUGAACUUCCUGAGUGUCUUCGUGGGACCAUGCAGUAACUAUAAAGAAUACAUAGACUUCAUAGAGGGCAGACACAUCAGCGGGAGGCUUAGGCAGCACACUGGGACGUGUAACGGUCAGAACGGCUAUGAUAAGACACCGGACCCAUCACCUCUGAAUGCUGUCUGUCAGAAAUUGCUGGUCUGCAGCGGAUGUAUGCUGUUCUUCCUCACUGUGACUCGGUCCUUGCCGGUAAUUUACAACGUGGACCCUCAUUUCGUCAGCCAAGCCCCCUUCCUCACAAGGCUCACCUACGCCUUCUUCUCUAUACAAGCAGCAAGGCCCAAAUUCUACUUUGCCUGGACACUAGCUGAUGCAGUCAACAACGCUGCUGGUUAUGGUUUCUUGGGAAUGGAUAAAAAUGGAAAGCCAUGUUGGGACCUCAUGUGCAACCUCAACAUCUUAAAAAUUGAGACCGCAACCAGCUUCAAGACAUUCAUAGACAAUUGGAAUAUUCAAACAGGAAUUUGGCUCAAAGCGGUGUGUUAUGACCGAGCCCCUAAGCACCGGUUGGCGUUGACCUUUAUCCUGUCUGCACUGUGGCACGGUGUUUAUCCGGGGUACUAUUUCACCUUCAUCACUGCCAUCCCCAUCACCAUGGCAGCACGAGCUGUACGUAGGUCUGUUCGCCACUACUUUCUGGGCUUCAGAGGCUUGAAGCUGGGUUACGACAUCUUAACUUGGGCAGCCACCCAGCUGGCCAUCUGCUACACUGUUAUGCCUUUUCUUCUUCUUGCAGUAGAGCCCACUUUGGUUUAUUACAGUUCCAUGUACUUCUACGUUCACAUCAUCAGCAUUCUGGCUGCGAUCGCCCUGCAUUGGAAACACAAACCCAUUGAACCCUCUGUCAGUACCAAAACGUUUUCCUCCUCCUCCUCCUCGUCUCUGUGCUCAGCACAGUGCCAGCCUGUUCACUCCAACAACAAUGACAAAGUAGACUGAAAAUCCCCUCUUC